ACGAAGAAGAAGCAGAAACAGGAAGUGGAGAAAACAGCCCAGCAGCUGAUGGUGGAGACACAGCCAAGCUGAGUCUAUGCUUCGACUAAGGACCAGUGAAGAAGAAGAAGACAGCUGUGAAAUAUCUGAGCUCAGGCAGGUUGUUUUACAAAACAAUGACCGUCUCCUUGAUGAGAUGCUCUGCCAAGAAAUCUACAAGAAGGUCAUCAACUGCAGAGGAGGCUGGGGCGUCGCGGGCACGCCCCUCCACGCUGCCGUGUCCAAAGGUCAUGUGAGCUGUGUGCAGGUUCUGCUGGUCCACGGGGCAGGGGUGGACUCCGUGGACAUCAAGGCCCAGACGCCUCUGUUCGCCGCCGUUCGAGGGAAGUACCUGAACUGUGUGUUAGCGCUCCUCAGAGCUGGCGCCGACCCCAACGGGAGCUCGUCCAAUAACUGCUCCCCUGUCCUCACCGCCGCCCGGGAGGGGGACGUGGACAUUUUAAAGGAGCUGCUUAAACACGGGGCUGAGGUGAAUUCCCGCUCCAAAGUGUUACUGUGGACGUCCAGCUCCAGAGUGUCCAGCGGACCGCUGUACCUGGCCGCUGUUUACGGACACAUGGAGUGUUUCAGACUGCUGCUGCUGUACGGCGCAGACCCUGACUACAACUGCACCGACACUAAGCAGCUCAGCUCCAUCAAACAGCCCAAAACUGUCCUAGAGAUGUGUCUGAGGCACGGCUGUGGGGUGGAGUACAUCCAGCUGCUCAUCGACUUCGGUGCAAACGUCUACCUCCCUACGCUGAUCAUCGAGAAGUCCACCAAACAGAACGAGGCCGUGGAGCUGCUUCUGCAGGAAAGAGGAACUCCAAAGGCUCUGACGUCACAGUGCCGACUCGCCGUUCGAAGAUACCUCAAAAAGAUCAACAAGAUCCACUGCAUCGACCAGUUGGAGAUGCCUCCCAGACUUCUGAAGUACUUACAGCACCAGCCCGUCCCCGUCCCAGUGCUGAUGUAAAGGAGGUCAUGACUUUAUGUGUAUGUGUCGGAGCAGAAGUGACUUACUUGUAAUGAUGUGUUGAAUUAAAUGUGUGAAAAGUGG